AUGCAAUUGAUCCCAGUGGCCGCAGCGACCAGCGACCGAACACGGGCCGCAAAUGCGUCGCUUCGAUCUGGAAGGCCGCUGCAGCUCGGUGUGGCCGCUGGCCGCGUGCGGCCAGGUGCGCGUGCUAUAUGGCGAUUUCAUACUAUGGUUUCUAUCUCGAUGGCCGCCGCAACCUGGCCGCUAGUUCGCUAUUGCCCUAGGUCCGUUGAAGAGGCGUCGUCGUCGUAUGGAGGCGGCCAACUAGUGGUUUGA